UUCGCAAUCAUAAAGCAAAAAUGCCCAUCACAAUCAACUCUCCUCUGUCGCUGUACUCGAUUCCUGCCGUCUGGUUGAUUGGCUUCUAUCCUUUCAACGCCAAAUUCAGAUUGAUUAAGAACACCAUUGGAUGGGACAACGUGCAGCCAAGACAGAAUCGGGAUCGUGUGGCUGCGAAAGCACCACAAAUCUUGGGCAAGGUGGAUAGGUACCAGGGAGCACAUGAUAAUGGGCACGAGAUUUUCCCGCUCUGGGCUGCUGCUGUGCUCGCAGGAAACUACGCGGGUCUCAGUCAAUCCACACUGAAUGCAUUCUCCCUCACGUUUGUUGGCCUUCGCCUUCUUUACAACUACAUAUACAUCAACCAGUCCUCGCGGGGAUCGAGCGCAGCCAGGAGUCUUACAUACUUCGGCGGACUUCUCACGCCUCUGGGGCUGUUUGUCGCAGCCGUGAACAAUCUCCACCAGUUGUAAGGGUCUGGGUCAUGAGUGAACGGGAUGAUUCUACAUCUAGACAACAACCUGUAUGUUUCUCUGUGCUCGAAAACUUUUCGCAAAAUAUUGCAGGACCA